UGUUCAGUGAACGUACACGUCUCAACAUUGUACAAAAAGUUUUCGUACGUCAUUCUCUAUUUAUAUUGUAGGCGGACAGUGCUGUCGUUGCAUAUAAGGACUUGCUUGCAGUGUCCAGUUUGUGCGUGCAUUUGUCGGGCUUGAGAUAUUAAUUAAGUGUCAGGUGCGGUAAAAGAACGCAUCUGUCUCAUUUGAAUGGUUCAUUGAAGAAUGUUGGGUGCAGGUGCGCCCGCGGUUUUCCUCGUGAAUGUUAAAGGUUGCUGAAAGGGUUACGGUUUGGGAGGCUGCGCUGUUCGAGAUUUCUUGAUAAUACGAGGCAUGCUUUCGCUUCCGGGCGAGCAGUCAGAGAUUUUACAGAGCGUCGGGUGAACAUCCACAACGAUAGAACGAGCAUCGAUGCUUCGUGCAGGCAGGAUGGAGGAGUUUGUUACGGAGGAAGAUGAGCCAUGGUACGACCAACGGGAUUUGGAGCAGGCGUGCUUAUCUGGAAUGGACUACUGUCUUAAUUAUCUGCACCUGGCAGCCGAGCUGGGGAAGACCCUUCUGGAACGCAACAAGGAGCUGGAGGACUCCCUACAACAGAUGUACAUCAACAAUGAGGAACAGGUGCAGGAGAUCGAGUACUUGUCCAAGCAGCUGGAGAUGCUGAGGGAGAUGAACGAGCAGCAUGCAAAGGUCUACGAGCAGCUAGACGUGACAGCCAGAGAGCUGGAGAUCACCAAUGAGAAACUGGUUAUAGAGAGCAAGGCCUCGCAGCAGAAGAUAGACAGGUUGACGGGUACCAUGGAGACACUGCAGGCCCAGGUGGAUACCAUGACCGCUCGUGUGGAGGAGCUACGUACACUAGAGGAGCUGAAGGUUCACAGAGAGAAGAGGGAGCGACGCAAGACUGUCCACUCCUUCCCCUGUCUCAAAGAACUCUGCACUGCACCAAGGUAUGAGGAUGGCUUCCUGGUGGCCAACCCCGGCAGUGUGGACCUGGUGUCUGAGCGUGAGCGCCGGCCCCUGGACGAGGAAAACGAGCGUCUAAAGGGCGUGGUCUCCUCCCUGAGGUCCGCCAUGGUGGCAGAGCGUGGCCGGAGGGAGGGGGCAGAGAGGGAGUGCACAGCCGUGCUGCAGGAGUUUGAGCUCCUGGAACAGCGCCUCCUGGGGGCUGAGGGCUGCCAGCUGCGGGUGCAGGAGCUGGAGGCGGAGCUACAGGAGAUGCAGCAGCUGAGGAGGUCCCGGGUGUGUCUGUUGGAUGAGAGUCUGGAGCAGACCCUGCUCAACAACGCCCCCGAGACCGACACACCCGAGGAGGGACCGGGGCAAGAGGAGGGAGGGGAGGGGAUGGGGGAGUCUGGGGGGACAGGAGGAGGGGGGCAGCAGGGAGGCCCCGUGAGGAAGAGCUGCAGUGACACGGCGCUCAACGCCAUCUCGGCCAGCGAUGCCUCGGGCAGGCGACAGGGCAGCUAUGCAAUACAAGCCAACGGCGCGCGCAAGCGGGGCAUGUCCAUCCUGAGGGAGGUGGACGAGCAGUACCACGCCCUGCUGGAGAAAUACGAGGAGCUGCUGGGGAAGUGCCGGCGCCACGAGGAGAGCAUGUGCCACACGGGGGUGCAGACGUCACGCCCCAUCUCCAGAGACCCCUCCAUGAAGGACUACAGCAUGGCCACCCCCGGCCCCUCCUCAGCCAUGGCGGCUGCUGCUCCUGCACCCCCCACCCCGCCCCAGACCCCCUCCACCCCAGAGGCCCUGGAGGGCAUCAGCCGGCAGGUAGACCAGGUGGACAAGAGGCUGGGCCAGAACACCCCAGAGUACAAGGCCCUGUUCAAAGAGAUCUUCUCCCGCCUGCAGAAGACCAAGAGUGAAGUGAACUCCACCAAAGGAGUCCCCAAGGGUAGAAAGUCCCCAAGGGUAGGAAGUCCUAAGGGAAGGAAGUCCAAAGACAAAUGAACUUGACCUCUCCUGGUACUAAUAAACAUGACCUCUCCUGGUACUAAUAAACAUGACCUCUCCUGGUACUACUGAAUUGACCUCUCCUGAUACUACUGAACGUGACCUCUCCUGGUACUACUGAACGUGACCUCUCCUGGUACUAAUAAACAUGACCUCUGCUGGUAAUACUGAACAUGACUUCUCCUGGUACUACUGAACAUGACCUCUGCUGGUACUACUGAACAUGCACUGAAAACAAUGGGUACAAAAGCCACAUAUUUGUUUCUUCAUUUGUUUCUCUUUGUUUGACCAUGUUGCUUGUUCAAAGUGGUCACUUGAUGUCUUAGUGACAGGUUACCUGUACUGCACGGGGGAAAUUAUACAAUUUACUGUAGAUUAUCCCCUCUGCUGUUUUCUUCAUCUUUCUGGAUACUGCCAAAUUUCACCCAUCCCAAUGUGAAUGAAUGAAUUGUAAAUCUCUGACAACAUUCAUCAUCUGGGUAGAUGAAUUGCCUUGUUUCUUGAUCUAACUUAAUGUCAUUUAUGACAACCUAGUCGUGCACUAAAAUCUGUUUGACCCGUCUUUGGUCAAGACAAUCCAGUACAAUGUUUAAAUGACUGACCAUGUAUAACUGAGACUGCACUAAUUAUAUUUAAAAUGUAUAAAUAAUUGCUAUUUUAAUGGUUUUGCCAAUGAUGACUGACGAAUAACGUGCAGAGCUAUUCAUAAAAUGUGUUUUCAAUUAUUUUUUUUAUAGUUAAAUAUUCCUGAUGUUCACAAUGAAUAACACUUUUGCCUUAACAUCUUAGGCUUGAUGCAUGCAUCAAUCCAACAUAAAUUGGUUUUGAAAUCAGGUGAAACUAGUAGACUUUAAUUGAGAGAGCCCAUGGUACUCAAGGAAGUAAUAACUUGUUCUAAAAUAAAUACUGUAUGUUAACUGUAAAACUAUAUCAGUGUAUUGGUGAAUUUACCUCUGUAAAAGGAUUCUCAAGAUGGCUAUGAAAAUGUUGCCAAAAUGGAGUUAGGUUGUCCCAGCUAGAGAACUGAGGACCUCCUGAUGAUGCACUGCGUAGGAAUUGAACUCUCAACCACACAUGACUAAACUACUGUAACUAUGUAUUUAUUUUCUCUGGAAGCACUGACUCAGACCAUGGGUACAUCUCCAUGGCUCCUUGUUUUCUGGACUGCUUAUUUCAAGUACACAUCUUACAUAAGAGAUGGCAGCUAGAGCCCCUUAUCAGUACUUUGGUUUUUCAUUUUAAUAUUUUCCUCAUUCUCUUGUGUACAAACUUCAUGUGAUAUGGUCUUCUAUGCAUUGGUAGACGACCAUCAAUGUUCUCAACAUUGUUCUGUUCAAUGAGAAAGGUUGCGUGUGUGUUAGAUGGAGCAUGUAUGAUAGAUGGGUAAAGAUGGUUUACAGAACGUUGUACUUAACAGAAGAACAGUGUAAAAAGUAACAUGUCUUCACUGAUUAAAAAAAGACCAUGA